AUGAUGAAAAAAAUCUUCAAAAGCCUGGCCCUUUUUGUUUUUUUUAGUGUGGCAUGUUUUGUGGUGCUUCUAUUUUACAAAAAUGACGGCACUAUAUAUAUUUUUUCAAAGUCAAAUCGUUUUGAAAAUGGAAACACCACACUUAUCCACUUGAGGAAAGACCUUGUUGAAACGAAGACUAAAGUCCUAAAUGUCAGCCACGCAGAGACUCGGAUGCCAUCCACUAAGAGCAAGACUUUGGGACGCUGCCCUGACACCCCUCCAAAUCUUGUGGGUCCACUCCAUGUGGAGUUUGAUUCUAAACGUACGUUGGAUGAGGUUAGGAAGACAAUCAGUUCUCCUCUUCAGGAAGGAGGACGACACAAGCCACCAGACUGUAUUGCCCAACAGAAGGUGGCGAUCAUCAUUGCAUUCCGCAAUCGGCACGAGCACCUAAUUCAUUGGCUCUAUUACCUACAUCCUAUAUUGAUACGACAGCAGUUGGACUACACAGUGUAUGUCAUCAACCAGGAUGGAGACGGCGUGUUCAACCGGGCUAAACUGAUGAAUGCAGGCUACGUGGAAGCGAUGAAGGAAUAUGAUUAUGACUGCAUGGUCUUCUCUGACAUAGAUUUGGUUCCUAUGGAUGACCGUAACCUCUACAGAUGUUUUGACAAUCCUCGACACUUGGCUGUGGCUAUGGACAAAUUUAACUUCCACUUACCCUACAACGCCUACUUUGGUGGUGUUUCUUCCUUGUCCAAGAGCCAAUUCUUGAAGAUAAACGGCUUCCCGAACACGUACUGGGGCUGGGGUGGUGAGGACGACGAUAUCUAUAAGCGAAUUAUCUUUCGUGGCAUGUCCAUUUCUCGACCUAAUUCGCUGAUGGGAAAGUACAGGAUGAUCAAACAUAAGAGAGACUUGCACAAUGAGGCUAAUCCAAAGAAUCCUGGUAAACUGAGUCAAACCAAGUCGACCAUGGACAAGGAUGGAAUUAAUUCCCUCAAAUACACAGUCAAGGAGAUUAAGAAGGAUAUACUGUUCACUUUUAUCAAUGUGGAUAUUGAGGCUCCACUAAAGUGA